AGUCGAAUAUAACGCUCAAAAGACGUAGGAAAUCGGCACUGAAAUAAUGAAAACAAAUUCAAGAAAUGAUUCUAUGGAUAUAAAUCAAGUGUUUGACAACAUUCUUUUGAGUGAAGAAAGAAUAUCGGAGGAGGGCUACAAGCAAGGAUUUGAAAAAGGCGUAUCGGAGGGAAAUUUAGAGGCUUAUCAUUUAGGAUUUCACCGAGGUGCAGAAAUUGGUGCUGAACUUGGCUUUUACCUCGGUGUUCUAGAAAACUCAAAAAUUCCUUCACCAAUCAACGAAAAAGUUUCUCAUCUAAUAUCACAAUUGAAAAGCAUCAUUGAAUCAUUUCCCAACGUCAAUUGUGAUACUGUAGAUCUCUUUGAUUCACUUAAUACAAUUCGGACACAGUUCAAAAAGCUGACUUCACUUCUUAAGAUUAAAGUUACAUAUCCAGAACGAUCUCAGCUCACGUUUUAAAUUUAGACAUAAAAUGAUGUUCAACAGCAAAUCUUUAACAAUUUUAAAACUUCAAAAGCAAAUCGAUCGAAUCAUUCAAGUGUUGGAGCCUCGUGAAUUUGUGAAUUGUCAUAUGGUUUCUUAUUUUUGCGAUGACCUAUGGAACAAAUUCAUCCCGGAAAAUAUCAGGAACGAAAUUAAUUGCAAAGAAGAUGUAGACACUGCAAUAGAAGUAUUUUUACAUCAAGAUAAUGCCAAAACUGAACUAUUGCAUAAGCAUCGAAACCUAUACAACUAUAUAAAUUUUAUGAAGAGCUUUUAUCUCGAAAAUCUCGAAGAUAAAUUCUUCCACACGACAGAUGAACUACUUGAGAAGUUUCAUCAUCUUAACAUUCCUUUUUCUUCAGGACUCAACCUUUCAAUCCGCGAAUUUAUGAAAGAAAAGAAGAAUCAUGAAGUAGAAAUAAUUUCAAGAAUUAUUGCUGCACUUGUGAAAGCGAGAGACAGAAAUCAUUUUAUCGUUGACGUGGGUGAUGGAAAAGGAUAUCUUUCAUCUCGUUUGAAUUUGGAAUUUAAACUUAAAGUUCUUGGUAUUGAUGGGAAUCAACAGAAUACAAAAGAAGCGGAGAAAAGAAAUCAAAAACUAUCGAAAAAAUGGAAAGCUUUGGUUUCAAAAGAAGCUUUGAAAAAUAAUAUCGAGAAUGUUAUCGUUGAUACUGAAAUGUCUAAUGAAAGAUACAAAACAGCAUCGAGCAUGAUUUUUGCUCAAACCAAUUUAAAUGAGCUCGUGAAUGAGAAAUUUCCUGAAGAAGCAACAAACAAUAUUUGUCUCGUAGGUUUACACACAUGCGGAAAUUUAGCAGCAAGUUCAUUGAAACAAUUUGUGAAAAAUGAUUCAAUCAAGUUAUUGUGUAAUGUUGGAUGUUGUUAUCAUUUGAUUUUUGAAGAAUUUGAAGACGAUUUCUUCGACGAUGAAGUUCGUGUUAUGGACAAACGAGAUGAACCUGCGUUUCCAAUGUCAAAUUAUCUUCAAAUGAAACAGUACAAACUUGGAAGAAAUGCAAGAAUGCUAGGAUCACAAAGUUUAGAUCGUGUUAUUGCGAAAAAAGAACUACCAGAUGAGUCUCUAUUUUAUCGUGCCUUAUUCGAGAAAUUAGUCAAAGAAAAAUGGUUUGUGGGUGAAAGGAAGUCUAUCAAGCUUGGAAAGAUUCGACAUAAGAACUUUGAAGAUUACUUGAAGAAAGGAUGUAAAAAGUUCAAUAUUGAGUUAAAUAUGACAUCGGAAGAAAUCGAAAAAUUAGCAGAAGACCAUGAAUAUGAUAGACGAUUGAUUAAUCUCAAUUACUUCAUUCGUCUCCUUUUAUCGAAGAUUGUUGAAACUUUAAUUCUUCUCGAUCGCUAUUUGUAUUUGCUUGAGAGUGAUACUGAUAAAGUAUUUUUAGUAAAAAUAUUUGAUCCUGUUAUUUCACCUCGAAAUCAUGCAAUUAUUGCUAUCAAAAAAUAAAAUUGAUUUCUUUUAUUUAUUCAUAUUAUAUCAUUAACAAUGCUAUGUCAGUUUGUUUCGCUUUUGAUGGUUUUCUCUUUUAAAAUUGUACAUUUGUGAAACGAAGGAGACGAGAACAAGGAAGAAAAGAUUAAAUAAAGCUCUUAAAUGAAUGAAUUUUUUACCAAUGCACUGCAUAAGCAU